UUUCAACUUUUUAAAAAUAUAACAUCAUUAUAGUAGAAUAUACAAGUUAUAAUUUUUUAAUCAAGUUUGUUAUUGUUACUAUUAUGUUAUGGCCGUUGUUGCUGAUGUUCGAGAAAAUCAUUUUUCAUGGAGAAAGGCAAGUUUAAAACAUAAUGUACCUUUUCAGACAAUCAGUGAUAGAACAAAUGGCAGAUACGGUUCCGCCAUGCAAAAGAUAAAAAAGAGGAUGAAGAAAGAAUAAAAGAUUUUUGAUUAAGGCAGCAACAAUAGGAUAUGGUAUUUGCCAAAACGAUGUACCAAGCAUAGUAAAAGAUCUUUUAGACGUAAAGAAAAUCAACAUAUUACAGAGCAUCGACUUAAUGAUGAAGAAAAAAACGAUAUGAUAGCCCAAAAAAAGUUUGUGAAUAAUCUGCCAAGCAAGUUUUGGAUCUACAGGUUUUUUAAAAAGCAAUUAGAUCUUGCAAGAAGAAUGCCUGAAAAUUUGAGCCACCAGCGGCGAAACGUUUCUCGUGCUCAAAUUAGGCAAUGGUUUACUGACCUGGAGAAUGAAUUGCUUGAAGAACACCAAAUAAACGCUUCAGAGUUAUUACCAAAAAACUCUAGUAGAAUGUUUAAUUUGGACAAAACAGAGUUUCAAUUAGCAGGGAUAUUGGGAAGGCUGAAAAUAAUUGCCUCAAAGGGUAUAAAAAAUGUUUAUCGCAUUCUUGGCUGUGGAAACUACCAAAAACCUCUAGUUAUAUUUCCAGGAGCACAGCCUCGUUACUAUUUAGACCAUGUAAAUCCAUCUGACGGAUCUUAUAAUUCUUCUGAUUCUUUGACAGAAAUGUUUACUUUCUUGAGGUGCUUGAAAAAAUCUCCACCCUUAAAAAAUUGCUCAGUUUUUAUACAGAUGCCGUAACACCAAGUGAAGCUGCAACACAAACUACAACUGUUACAGAAGUACAAACCUGCAAUAACUAUAUUUUCGGCACGUAUAAUAAUACUCAAACAAACAAAGCGUGUGUCAAACCUAUGCACUACAGAAUCCAAUAAUCUAAUCUCUAGAGAAUUAAAUUUUUCUGGGUAUGUUUGACCACCACAUCAUAACCUAGUUUUAAUAACAUAUCCCUUUAACUAUCAGCUUCAUCUCAUAAGUUUUACGAAAAUUGAGAGUAUUCUCCAUUAAAAAACUCCAAUUUCAAAAAAUGUAAUAAUAAGCAGAAAAUAUCCAAAGAAACUUGUUAAAAUGCCACAUGCUGUAAGUGGAAUCGAUUUUUUUAACCACCAACAAGUUCAAGAAAAGAAAAAGAAGCAAAAUAAAGAAAAGGAGGAAAGAAAAAAAACGGGAGAAAAUACAUCGAAAAUGAAAAAAAAAAAUUGUAUCAACGGCUUCUCUCAAAAAAAGUCAUAUUGCAGAAGACUCUCAACUCGAUUCUAGGCCUAAUAAAUAGCCGCGAGCCCCACGUUAUGUUCCAAAAAAUAGUUCAACUUUAAGUAAGAUAUUUAAUCACUGUAAAAUAUUUGCAAAAAACUAUAUAUGAAUCAAGUAUUGCAUCUUGAAUAAAUCUGCUAAAUUUAACUUAUAAAAAAAAGUGCACGAAAUUAAAUUUUACUUCGUCAACUUGCACGAAAUUGUGCAAAUCAUCAGAAAAAAUAUUCAAAACGAAAAAAAAAAAAAAAUAACAGGUAAUAUUUAAUAAUUGCCCAAAUUAUUACUACUUUGUAGAUAAAACAGUUGUCUGCCUAAAUUGAGCUCAUUACACUUUUGGUGACCGUUUGGUUAUAUUCUAUAACGUUUACGGCAAAUGUUCAGCAAAUUACUUGAAUUUCGCCAACAUACCCUAUAAUAAUUAUAUCAUUUAGAAAUAAUAUUUUUAUAAAAUAGAUUCAAAAAUAUAAAAGAUUAUAAAAUUGGUUAAGGUGGCGGACGUGUAUUUCAAGCAUCUCCUUUAGUAAGUCCGUAAAAAACGCUUCAGGUGAGUUUUCACUCAUCCUUUUUUCUACGGGAACGGGAAAAAUAAUCACGUGAGCAUGCGUAGUUUUACUUCGGACAAAUUAAAACUUAUAAUUCGUAUGCCCACGUGAUUAUUUUUCCUUUCCAUUUCCCGUUCCCGUGAAAAAACGUGUGGAAAUUCACCUUUAUACAAAACGAGUAUUGUUGAAAACCACACCAUAACCAAAUCCCAACCCUGAAACUUAAGGUUCGUGUUUUGUUUAGAUUAAGCUCCGGGUUUGAUUUAGAUUUGGCUAAGAGUUUGGUUUAGAUAUGACUUUCAAUUAAACUUUAUUUUUGGGUUCAGUGAUGUGUCAGAGUAUAAUUUUCAAUAAAUGUAAUGCGUAAAACGUGGCUCUUUUUAUACGGACUUCUAAAGGAAGUGCUAAUACACGUCCACCGUUAAGGUAAUAAAACUAUUUUUUUUAAAUGAAAACUAUAGUAUAUGUAACUGUCGAUACUUUCGUUUGAGUACUUUCUUUUACAAAUAGACAGUCUAAUGGAAUGAAUAAAUUUUUUACUAAGUAUGUAAUAAAAAAUUUAGCUCUCGUAGCAUUUUUUGUAAAUUACAUUCUCUUAUAUUAUUUUUUUU